AUGGCUCCCGCGAAGUGCACCGUACCGAAACCGUCCUCCGUGGUGACCGCGGAAGUCGUGGCGUCUUUGCAAAAAGACGCCACGAACAAGAAAGAGCCGGAAACGAGAGCGAACGCGGCGAAGAAAAUCGGGGAGUUGGCCACGAAAUCGGGCGCUCAAGAGGAACCGUUCAUGAUUGAGUUGUUAGAAGUGGCUAUUAUCUUGGCCGGGGAUAACAAGUCCAAAGACGUGAGAGAAGCGGCGGACCCGGCGGUGGAUGCCAUCUUGUCCAAGUUGUCGCCGUUUGCCAUCAGAGCGUGCCAAAAAGCUAUUUUCGCCGGUUUUGCCAGUCCGUUUUGGCAAUCCAAGAUGGCUGCGUUGAGAGUCAUUGACUUUUUCGUCGGAGCUGCACCGAAGUCGGUCGCCGCGGCGUUGCCGGAAUUGGUUCCAGAAAUUGCGCAAGUCAUGGUUGACAUGAGAGAUGAAGUCAAGGAGAAGUCUUCGGAUACGAUGGCCAAGGCGGCGUCGACGAUUGGUAACUUGGACAUUGAGCCGUUCGUACCGACGUUGAUUGAGUGCAUCGUCAAGAUUGACGAAGUGCCGGAGUGCGUGCACAAGCUCGCCGCGACGACGUUUGUUCAACAAGUCGAGUCGCCGACCUUGUCCAUUCUCGGUCCGCUUUUGAUGAGAGGUUUAUCGCACUCGCAAAUGACUGCGAUUAAGCGUAAAUCCGCGGUUAUCAUCGACAACAUGUGUAAGUUGGUCGAAGAUCCGAUGGAUGCCAAACCGUUUGUCCCGAAGUUAUUGCCGUUGUUGAAGAGAGCGAUGGACGAAGUUGCCGAUCCGGAAUGCAGAACGGUUUGUACGAGAGCGUACAAGACGUUGUUGAACGCCGCCGGCGAAACCGCGGAAUCCGCCGCCGCGGAAGCCGAAGAUGCCUCUACUCACUACGAUGAAUCCAUGGUUUCGAAAGAGUUACAAGCGCUCAUGGUCACCGCAACUGGUGCCUCGGACGCGGACGUUGCGAAGUUUGUCGAAGAUCCGGCGGUUGCGCCGAUCUUUAAUCACAUUUGCGCCUUGUCCGUCAACGCGCUCUUGCAAAAGAACUUUGACAAGGACCAGUGGACCAAGUCUUGCGCGACGCCGUACAUGAAAGUGUUUUACGCCGACGCGGAUGCCUUGACGGCAACUUUGGUUUCCAAGGCCGAAGAGUUGUACUUGUCCACGAAGAAAGUCUUCGUAGUUGAAGACGAAGAAGGCGAAGACUUGUGCAAGUGCGACUUUUCCUUGGCGUACGGUGCGCUCAUUUUGCUCAACAACGCCACUUUGCACAUGAAGAAGGGUAAAAGAUACGGUUUGUGCGGCCCGAACGGUUGCGGUAAGUCGACGCUCAUGAAGGCCAUCAACAACGGUCAAGUGGACGGUUUCCCGCCACCGGAAGAGUUGAGAACGGUGUACGUUGAACACGACAUCCAAGGCGACGUCGGGGACAUGAACGUCGUCGACUUCAUCUCUGCCAAUGAUGUCAUCAAGGAGCACGGAACCAGCAGAGAUGAAGUCAAGAAGGUUUUGACGACUUUCCAAUUUACGGAAACGAUGCAAGAAGGUGCCGUCACCGCGUUGUCUGGUGGAUGGAAGAUGAAACUCGCCUUGGCGAGGGCGAUUUUGAUGAAGGCGGACAUUUUGCUUUUGGACGAACCAACUAACCACUUGGACGUUAAGAACGUCGCGUGGUUGGAGGAGUAUUUGAUCUCUCAAACGACUAUUUCUUCCAUGAUUGUCUCGCACGAUGCCGGUUUCUUGGACAGAGUGUGCACGCACAUCAUCCACUACGAAACGAGAAAGCUUGUUACGUACAAGGGUAACUUGACUGAAUUCAUCCGUCAGUGCCCAGCCGCGAAGAAGUACACCGAGUUGUCCAACGACGAACUGAAGUUCAUCUUCCCGGCGCCUGGUUUCUUAGAAGGCGUAAAGAACAAGGAUAAAGCCAUCGUCAAGGCGACCAACUGUUGGUUCAAGUACCCGAACACGGAGAGGCAAAUCAUCCAAGGCGCCUCGAUCCAACUUUCUUUGUCUUCCAGAGUCGCGUGCUUAGGCCCGAACGGUGCCGGUAAGUCCACGUUCAUCAAGUUGCUUACUGGUGAAGCUGAACCGGACCAAGGUACGGUUUGGAGACACCCGAACAUGCGUUACGCGUACGUCGCGCAGCACGCGUUCCACCACGUCGAACAGCACUUGGAGAAGACGCCGAACGAGUACAUCAGAUGGCGAUUUCAAACCGGCGAAGAUAAGGAAAACUUGACCAAGGUCACCAUGCAAUACACGCCGGAAGAAGAAAAAUUGAUGAAGGAAAAGAUCAACGUCACCAAAGAAGAUGGCACGGUCAUGAAGUUGGUUGUCGAAAAGAUCAUCUCUCGUCGCCAAAAGAAGAACAAGUACGAGUACGAAGUCAAGUGGGAGAACUUGUCCAUGGACCAAACGACGUGGAUGGAAAAGGAGAAGCUCGAAAAGUGUGGUUUCACCAAGUUGAUCCAACGCGUCGACGAAAGAGAAGCCGCGCGCGCUGGCUUGUACGCGCGCCCGCUAACCACCGCCAACGUCGAAAAGCACUUGAUUGACUUUGGUCUCGAAGCUGAAUUUGGUACGCACAACAGAAUCAAGGGUUUGUCUGGCGGCCAAAAGGUUAAGUUGGUUCUCGGUGCCGCCAUGUGGCAGCAACCGCACAUCGUCGUCAUGGACGAACCGACCAACUAUUUGGACAGAGAUGCGUUAGGCGCCUUGGCGUGCGCGGUCAAGGAAUUCGGCGGCGGCGUUUUGCUCAUCACGCACAACUGCGAAUUCGCGGACGCGUUGAAGGAGGAAACUUGGGACGUUCCGGGUACCGGUGAAGUCAUCAUCACCGGUAACAGGUGGGGCCAAGGUAAAAAGGGUAAGGCUGAAAAGACGGACUGGGAUGGACCGCAAGAGGACACCAUCGACGCGAUGGGUAACACCGUCAAGGUCAAGGGCCCGAAGAAGAAGUUGUCUAGAAAAGAUAUCAAGGCCAAGGCCAAGUCUCGCGCGAUCAAGUUAGCCGCCGGCCAAGAUUUGACCACCGAUUCCGACUGGGACUUGGACGUCUACAUCGGGGAAGACCCGUCCAAGGCAAAGAAGGCUGGCAAGGAAUAA